GAAAAUCUGAAUAGGUACGUGCAGUAGGAACCAAAAUAUGCUGGCACAUCAUAUUAAAUAUUUCUAAAUGGAAUUCCGUUAAAUAUCAUCAGCACCAAUCUCAGUCAAUUACGAUUGUAAUCAUCAUUAAAGUUUUCAACUUAUUGUAAAAGGUUUUUAUCCUGUACUGCAUUUAGAGGUUACUUUGUUUGUUUUCGUUACUCAUUUAUAAAAACACUUGUGGGGGCGUAUCGAAAAUCGAAACAAACAUCUACGAAACCGCGUGUGUGUGAUUGUUUAUAGUCUCAUCAGUUUCAUUUUAAAAGGCUCGAAGGAUGGAACGCGAGAGGAAGCUGAUCGUCGAUGAGUUGAACACGUUGAAGAACAUGAACCUGGACACCUUGUCCCCGAAGCCGUUAAAGUGGGUCACGGAUUUCCAAAAAAGCGAGCAAAAAUCUAACGCCUACCGCGAGGCAGGUAAUCGAGUAUUCAGGCAAAAAAAACACAGCGGCAAGAUUCACUUGCAGGCCUGGAAGAAUUACACCUUUGGCAUUGCAUACGCACCCCCAAAAUCCAACGAAUCGGCUCUGAGUUAUGCAAACAGAUCCGCAUUAUUGAUACAUUUGAAAAAAUAUGAAGAAUGCCUCCUUGAUAUCGACUCUGCGCUUGCGGUCACAAAGUCUUAUGAUCUAAAGGUCAAGCUGCUGUGCAGGAAGACCGAGUGCCAGGUUGCUUUGAAAGAGGAUAACCAGAGGAAUUCAUGUGAGAGAGCCAAGUAUUAUCUCAACAAGAUCAGGGAUGUGGCAGUUAAGAAGGAAUUGUUGUAUAAAGUGAGGAAAGCCGAGAAACUUUUGGAGUUGAAUCAUUCGGAUUAUAAAGGUAAAAAAGAGAUAGAUUACAAUGACUACUAUUACGUGGAAGAGGAGGCCGAAAUUAAGUACAGCGAAGAAUAUGGACGGCACUUGGUGGCUACGUACGACAUCUCGCCUGGGAAUCACAUUUGCGAAGAAAAAUUUUUCGUUACAAGCUCCAAUGGCAAGAAAAACUUUGCCUACUGUAAUCACUGUUUGGCCAUCUUCUGGGCAACCAUACCGUGCGACAAAUGUGCCUAUGCAAUGUACUGUAGUCAAGAGUGUAAAGAAGAGGCUUGGGAACAAUAUCAUGAUGUUGAGUGUGAAACAAGCAUAGCUGCUUAUGGUUACGAGGAAAGCCUUAUACAGCUGAGCAUUAGAACUUUUAUUAUGGCUUACAAAGAAGCUGGAAGUAUCGAUACUUUAAAAAUCAUGAUUAAUGAUGCAUUAAAAACAUCAGAUAAGAAGACAAAAAACUAUUUGGAUAUUGAAAAGUUUUUUACUCACGGUUUUCGGAAUUUGUUUAGUUUUUGUUGUCCAAAAAUUAUUGUUCCAUCGUAUGUACAGUGCGCUGUAAAUGCUUUGUUAAAUAUAAGCUCGAACAAAAGUUUCUGUCAAAAUGAACUGGCCCUUGACAGAAAUAUGGAACUGAAAAAAAAUGAAAACGCCAUUUUCAUUGCCACGACCCUUUUAAAGCUUAUAACCAUUUUUUCAAUCAAUGCUUUUAGUGUAGUUGAACCGGGGUUGACCUGUAGAAAGGGAAAGUGUAUGCACUUGUGUAAAUUUGAUUUAUGUUGCCCAAGAGGAAUGGCCUUUUCUCCCAUUUCUAGCUUAUUUAAUCACAGUUGUGAUAGUAACGUCAGUAAAUUUUAUUCAAAUGAUGGGAGGGUAUUUUAUUAUGCUGUGCGACCGAUAACUCGAGGUGAACAGUUUUUUACCAAUUAUUAUUGUAGUUACAUUAAGGAGCAUAAAAAAAUAAGACAAGAGUUCUUAAAAGACAUGUACGAGCUUACUUGUGAAUGUAUCGCGUGUGAAGAAGAUUGGGAUACCCUUAACAAUCUAAAACAAAAAAUCAUUGAUCACAGAGAUGAGAUACCACCGACUAUAGCAGGGUUAAAUCUUCUAAAGAAACAUUCCAUGAUAGUGGAAAAAAUCCGCAAACGAGACCAUAGAUUCAGUAUAGGAACAAUUACAAAAUUCAUCGAUGAUUUUAUAAGUAUGAUGAAAAUCGAGCCAAAGCAAUCUUUCUGUGCCCAAUCGUUUCUCACUGUUUUCACAUACAUGUUCGAAAAGCGUUACGGCACCGUUUUAAGAAUUCCAAAGAAGUGUAAUAACUUGUAAAUUUCUCAUUUACAUGUUUUCGAUGACAUUUUUUUUCUAAGUAUUUUUAAUAAAUGACAAAUUUUGUAAAAAAUAUAUUUUACUUAUUCGAAACCAUAAAUCCAAUUCAAAAAUAGGCAGUUUGAUUAUACAUAUUUGCCAAAUAUACAUAUUACAUAAAAUAAUUGAAAGUACACACAUAAUGUAUACUGUACACGUAUCGAA